AUGAAUGACAACAUAUCCUCUGCGGGCUCAGAUUUGCCCCGAUUCGCCGUGAGUGUACCAUGCAAGGAACUGGAGUACCUAAUCCCUAAUCACGAGGAGCAGUGUGACUUUUGUCGCGAGAAGAAGAUCAAGGACGGUGAGGAGAGCUGGUCUCAGUCUACGACCGUGUCGGAACCAAUCGGAGUCGAGGUCAGACUUCGGCGCAUCGAGAACAGUUUGGAGCUUCUGACCAACUCUGUAAAUCAGCUACUCGUCGCCUCUGGCAGCAGAACAGCACCCGCCUCUAACGAAAGCGGUAACCUAACCUCUGCCCCCGAAACUGAACGACGACUGCCCGAACAAAUACACACCUUCUCAUCCCUAGAUGAAGCGGCAAGAAUACUGCAGUCCUUCCAAGAUAAAUCAGGUCCUUCACCCGAACACCAGCAGGCACAAUCAAGCCUUCAAGGCCUUUCUGAUGCUCUCACAAAUGUCUCGCUUCAUCAUGGGACAGCCGACGAAACCGCUCCGGGCAGCAGGUUUUACAUCCCAACUAAAGAAACAGGUUAUGCAUUGAUGGGCCAGUUCUUGAAACACUCUGAGCUUGGAGAUUUCAUGUUUCUCACGCCCUCGGAUGAGAUCUUAUGUCAAGUCUUGUUUGAACCAGAGACUGUUUCUGCCAAGGCAUGGGUAGUCUAUGUCAACUAUAUGCUCCUGGCUUUGACGAGUGGGAGUGGUGAUCAUGCCGGCGCCGUCACAGCUUUCAGAAAGAACAUGCGUCUGGCACUGGACGACGCGAAAAUCUUCCUCGAACCCAGUGAGGUCAACAUUCAGACAUUGAUCUUGUUGGCCCUUCAUGGGGAAGACUUUGCACUGCCAAACAUGUCUUGGAUGCUAACGGGACAAGCUUGCCAACAAGCUCAAGUGCUCAGAUUGCACUCGGUUACCAACUCCGACGCCUCAUCGCCGGGCCAGCAACGCCGAUUAUGCCUGUUCUGGGCGUUAUUCAUGGCUGACAAGUCGUGCUCGUUGGCAUUUGGACGCCCAGUGUUCCUCCCUACAGAAUGGUUUCAAAAUGUGCCGCUGCCACACUUUGAAUACCUUGAGCAGUUUCACGCCCAUCAAUCACAAGCCCCGCCAGCAACGUCGGCAUUCGGGGCGUACUUAUUCCUACAAACUGUCCAGUUUUCCAAGUUGAUAGGAUUCAUCCUCGUUCCGAAGGGGGCCAGUUCAGAAAGAGACAUGCUAAAUAGUCUACUAGACAGCUGGUACCAGCAGACGCACGAGCUUCUUUCUCAGGCUCGGGACUCUGAGACAGGAACUGACAACACAACCCAGUGUCGUGAGAUGAGCUUAGGUCUUCUGUCUGUUCAAUUCCGGUACUUGACUGCCUGCAUCAUUCUUCAGGGUUCCAGGUCGGGGAAUGAGGAGUUACGAAUUGCCUAUGCAAGACAAGCGAUAUCCCUGCUUCCAAAUAUGGUCUCCAACUGGAAUCAGGUCUACAACCCAGCAGUUUGGGAACUGCUAUACUUUCCAUUUACCCCGUUCUUUGUUUUAUUCGGGAGCAUCAUGAGAGAUCCGUCGGCCUUAACAGUACCCCAAGACCUUGAGCUGCUAGCAACAACCAAAACAUACUUUUCCCGGAUGCGCACACAGCUUUGCGUGCUUGCCUGUAUCACUUCCAAACUCGAGUAUACGGCUGGAGUCUUCUUAACUCUUGCGAGAGAGCGCUUCAACAAGAUUGGAUCCGGAUCUUUGGCAAGCAAGGGCCUGCAGGACGACAUGACAUCCCCGCAGCCCCGGACUAUAACGGACCAGGGGCAAGCGGGCUUCUCGUUUGCCGACACUCAAGACAACCAACAGGCUCCAACUCUAGGCGACGUAGACAUUGAGGCAUUUCUACACUGGCUGCCGCAAAAUAUUCCCAUGCAGUCCACGGCAGAUGUUGACAUGGAAGGAGAGUUUGUAGGAGCGGCGCCAAAUCAAGAGACCCGCGGGAUGAAGCGAAGCAUUGACAGCACCUUUGACUGGUUCUCGUGGGAUACGUAUUACGCCAGUGGGACCAUUCUAUAG